AUGCCACACUUCCUUAUGUUCUCAGCAGCAAAGGUUAUGGUACGAUAUUUCACUUUUGUCAGAGUCAAUGCUUCUUUUCCCAUGAAUGCAGCAGUCAACCCAAAUAGGAACGCACACGCUCAGAGAGACUUCCCUGUAGUUCAGACUCUUGCUGGACAAGUCUCAGCAGCUCUUGCCUGGUUCCAUGGCAAAAGUGCUCAGCAGUUACACCCAGCAGAGGCAGUAGCUCUUCCCACUUCACUGCUCUCAAACUUUUGGGGCCAUGCACUUGUCGGUUUUGCUGGUUUUGUUUUGCUUAUUCUCCAACUGAACUCAUUCCAAGCCAAUAAAAAGGGCCAAAUGGGAAUUUUCCGUUAUUGCAAUAACUUGUUCCUUGAAUAA